CAUCCCUGCUCUCUCUGUCCCGCCCCCCAGGCCGCCAUGAGCCUGCAGUGGACAGCAGUCGCCACCUUCCUCUACGCCGAGGUCUUCCUCGUCCUCCUGCUCUGCGUCCCCUUCGUCUCAGCUGCCAGAUGGCAGAAGAUCUUCAAGUCGCGCCUGGUGGGCCUGGCCGUGGCCUACGGCAACACCGUCUUCGUCGUCCUCAUUGUCAUCCUCGUGCUCCUGCUCUUCGACGCCCUGCGGGAGACCCGUAAGUACGACGUGACGGAGCGGGUGGCCCUGCAGAGCAGCCCUGGCGCCCUCGAACACUUCCACAUGAAGCUCUUCCGGGCCCAGCGCAACCUCUACCUGGCCGGCUUCGCCCUCCUGCUCUCCUUCCUCCUGCGCCGCCUGGUCACCCUCAUCUCGCAGCAGGCUGUGCUGGGCGCCUCCAGCGAGGCCUUCCGGAAACAGGCGGAAGGCGCCAGCCAGGCCGCCCGCCGCUACAUGGAGGACAACGACGCCCUGCGGAAGCAGCUGCAGGAGGCGGGGGGUGAUGGGGGCAGCCCCUCCCCCUCCCACGACGAGAACGAGACCCUCAAGGCCAAGGUGGAGAAGCUGAAGGAGGAGCUGGCAGCCAGCAAGCGCACUCUGGAGAAGGCAGAGAACGAGGUGCAGGCCAUGCGGCGCCAGGCCGAGGGGCUGACGCGGGAGUACGACCGGCUGCUGGACCAGCACGCCCGCCUGCAGGCAGCCCACGAUGGCCCCCGGGACAAGAAGGAGGAGUGAUGACCAGGCCACGCCCCCCGGGCCCAAGCCCAACCCACCGGACCAGGCCACGCCCCUGCCCCCCUCCCCCCCCCCCAGCUCGGGGAGGGGGUGGGGGCAGGACUUGGACGAGGCGUUUCCAGGGACCCCCAGCCACCGCCACCCCCCCCACGUUUGGGGACCCCCUGCUCUGUGGCAGCACUCCAGGGGGGCGGGGAGGUCUGCGCCCCCCUUGCCCCUUCCGGGGGGGGUUCCCCGGGUGCGCGCAGCGGGGCCCCCCCCCGCCAGCUUCUGCUUCAAUAAACACGUGGGA